UUCAGGCAUCGAGGAGAACUGGAUAUGUCGGAGAAGUACAACUACGACUUGAGUAAAGCCCAACUCAAAGCGAGCAGCAGGACAUCGGCCUUGUUAGCUGGUUUUGCAAUGGUGGCGUUGGUAGAACUGCAAUACGAUCAAAAUACACCGCAUUGGCUUCUGAUAUUGCUCGGUGUUGUCACAACAUUGCUCGUCUCAGUACAUUUACUGGCCCUGAUGAUGUCCACUUGUAUUCUACCGUAUAUGGAAGCCACUGGAUGCACUCAGGACUCGCCACAUAUACGACUGAAGUUCUAUAUAGAUUUGUCGUGGCUCUUCUCUACAUGUAUUGGCUUAUUACUUUUCCUCGUUGAAAUCGGUAUUAUAUUUUUUGUAAAGUUCACUUCUGUAGACUAUCAGAUAGCUGGGUAUAUCACUACGGCGAUGUUAGUUCCCGUUGUGGUCGUUUUCGUCAUAUUUUCGUACUUGAUUCAUAAAAGUCGGGUAUCACAUACUCUGGGACGGUUCAAAGACAAGGUGAGUUCAUCUUUCAGUGGUUUUGCUCUGAAAGGAAGUAAUAGUAGUUAG